AUGUCGAGCUCCUUUGAAAAGUCCGUCAAGGGCGCUACUAAGAUCAAGGCCGCACCGCCAAAGACGAAGUACAUUGAGCAUAUUUUAGUGGCGACUCAUUCCGGUGAGGCCGGCGUUGGAGAAGUCUUUCGCGCUCUACAAUUUCGCCUCCGCGAUUCGACAUGGACCGUCGUCUUCAAGAGCUUGAUCACCGUGCAUCUGAUGAUCCGUGAAGGUAGACCAGACGCUACACUCGCGUACCUGGCUAAACAUAUCAAUAUUCUCGCCAUCAGUUCCUUUACCGAUGCUCAAACCCAAGGCCGCAACAUCCGUCAUUAUGCGCGAUAUCUCGCCGAACGUGCUCGAGCCUACAGAGACACGAAAUGCGACUGGGUUAGGGCAAAAGAGUCACGGCUCGAGAACCUGUCGGUAGAAAAGGGCUUACUGAGGGAGACAGAAGUCGUUCAGCACCAGCUGUCUGCCCUCUUGGCGUGUGAUGUCAUGGAGCAGGACCCGGAGAAUGAAAUAACAAUCACAGCCUUCCGGUUGCUUGUUCUCGACCUCCUCGCUCUCUUCCAAGUCCUCAACCAGGGACUGAUUAACAUUCUAGGUCACUUUUUUGAAAUGUCCAAGCCCGACGCUGAGCGAGCCCUUAAUGUCUACCGAAAAUUCACAAAGCAGACCGAUUAUGUCGUCCAGUAUCUCGGAGUGGCUCGUCAGUAUGAGCACCAUACGCGGGUCGAGGUUCCUAAGCUGAAGCACGCACCCGUCCACCUUGGUCGCCAACUGGAGGACUAUCUCCGAGACCCAGACUUCGAAAUCCACCGCAGACAAUACAUUGCUGAGCUUGACGCAAAGAAGAAGGCGGGGCGAACGGGUGGCGCUUCGGCUAUUGCCCGACUCAAGCAGGCCGAGUCUAACACGUCUUCUUCCAAGCCUGCGUCAAGCACCACCAACGGAUCGCAAACCGCUGCAUCGAAACCCGCGCAGCCGUCGAAGGGACCCGAUCAAGAUCUGAUCGACUUCUUCGACUCGAUCGAGCAGAACCAGACCACCAUGGCGGUCCAAAGCACUGCUCAACCUCAAGUCACCCAACCUCAAGUCACUGUGCAGUUCCCGACCCAGGCGCCUUUCCAAGCCCAACCCACGGGCUUUGUGGGCAACGGCACUGUUAUGGCUCAACCCACUGGCUUCGGAGCCCACAACCCCUUCCAGCAACAGGCGUUCUCUGGCUUUGUCCAGCAGCAGCAGCAGCAGCCGCAGCAAGUGGCUCAACCUCAACUGCAACCAAACUUUACUGGUGCUGGCUUCGGUGGCUUCUCGCCCCAGCCAAGCUUCCAGCCCGGCAAUCUUGGGACUAUCCCCCAAGAUGCCGUCGCUUCCUUCCAACAGGCAAUGCCUACCGGCGCUCCAGGCUUGGCGGCGCCACAGACCACCAAUCCUUUCCGCGCCUCCAUGCUUAUCAACCAACAAGUCACGUCACCCAUCCAGCCCAAUUCUCUCUCAACGCCGACGAGUCCGGCCUCCAACAGGCUCUCUACCAACCCCUUCGCCCUAGCUCAGCAGACCGGCGGCGCCUUUCCCAUGCAGCAGGCACAGCAACCCACUGCGGCUCCUUUACAGCCCAUGGCCACGGGGACGAACCCCUUCGCCAAGAACGUCCAACCAAUCCAACCAAUUCAGCAACAACCCCAGCAGACCGGAGCAAACCCUGGCGGCCUCGUGCCCCAGGCCACCGGCACGACCAAUCCCUUCCGACAGAGUACCUUUGUCAACCACAACACCGGCAUGGGCUGGCAACACAACCAGAUGCCUAUCGGCGGCGGUCUCGACCAGAUCCAGACCAUUCCCGUCUUCCCUCGCCCCGCUCAGCAGGCUCCAUGGCAGCAGUAG